CACUUGUGCUAGCAUCCUGAUAAUCUGCCCAGCAUGAGAUCAAGGCUACUCCGGAAGGCAUUGCCGCUGUUACAUCUCAUUGCGGCGACUCUUGCUACAGAUCCAAUCGUUAAGGUGAUCAAUGGCUCGUAUUCCGGUCUUUUUCUGCCUCAGUUUAAGCAGGAGCUUUUCCUGGGCAUUCCGUAUGCACAAGACACUGGCGGACAGAAUCGGUUUCUCAUUCCGCAGGGACUCAAUGAAUCGUGGGAAGGAGUCCGCACUGCCAAGCAGUACGGCAAUGCCUGCCCAGAUAAUGAGCUGGCGGCUGACGGAGUUUAUGGAAUGAGUGAGAAUUGUCUCAGUAUCAAUAUCGUUAAGCCGGCUGGAUUGAAAGCACAUGAGAAGCUGCCAGUAGUGCUCUGGAUCCAUGGCGGAAGCUAUCAAGUUGGAACCAGCGGUCUUCCGAACUACAAUCUCACAUAUCUAGUCCAAAGAUCCGUGGAGAUCGGAAAGCCUAUCAUUGGUGCUUCUAUAAACUACCGUAAGGGCGGCUGGGGCAUGCUUUAUAGCAUUGAAGUACAAGGCUCAGGAAACACUAAUCUAGCUCUUCGAGACAUGCGAAAAGGCCUAGCUUGGAUUUCCGAGAAUAUAGCAACGUUUGGAGGAGAUAAAAACAGCGUAACUAUAUGGGGAGAGUCGGCUGGCUCAUUUGCAAUUGGUCAACUACUCUUGAGCUACGGAGGUAAGACCUCUGGCCUCUUCCACCGCUCUAUCCAGGAAUCUGGAAGCGCAACUACAGCCUGGUACAACGGCUCUUCUUGGUACCAACCUAUAUACAACAAAAUCGUAUCUCAAGUGAACUGCUCCGACGCCAUCGACACGCUAGCCUGUCUGCGCACCAUUCCGUACGAAACAAUCUACCCCUUCUUGGACAGCUCGAAAGUUGGUGGCCCUGGCUUCUAUCCCACCGUCGACGGCGACAUAAUCCCCAACUACCCAACGGAGCUUAUACAUUCCGGGCGCUUCGCCCAUAUUCCACAUCUCUACGGGACCAACAGCGAUGAAGGCACCGAUAACGCCCCGGCCGACGGCGUCAUCAACACGGACGACGAUGUCUAUUUCUACCUUCUCAACAGUACGGGCUUUGACUUUCCGCCCUCCACUGUCCGCGAGAUCAUGCGACUCUACCCAGAUGACCCUGCUCUUGGUAUCCCGCUCAACACGGGCGAUGAACGUUUCGCAGAAAAGGGGUACCAAUACAAGCGAAUCGCUGCCAUCCUCGGCGAUGCAUUCUACCACGCAACUCGUCUAGAUGACGCCCGCAACUACGCAAAGUACAGCCCUACGUACAUCUACCGCUUCAACACGCGCGGGUUCGUCAACAGCACGAACGCGACGUACCUCGAUCUGACAGGGAGCUUAGCCCCCGCGUACAAGGGCGUUGCACAUUUCACUGAAGUAGCAUUCGUGAUGGCGAAUCCGCAAUUUGUUGGGCCUUGGCCGGAGCACAAGCAGUUGAGCGAUCAGAUGAGCGCCCAAUGGGUCAACUUCAUCAAUGGUGGGAGUCCGAACGCCGAGGGUUUACCCGAAUGGCCGAAGUAUAGCGAUGGGAAGAGUGGAUUGAAUCUGGUGCUGCAAACGAAACAACAGGGAGGUAGCUAUGUGGAAGAAGAUACGUAUCGCUUGGCUGGGAGAGAGUAUUUGACUAAGUGGGCGAGGAGGCGGCAUGUUUAGGGGAUAUGGGAGGAUAUUUGUUGUCUCUAGAGACGCCGCACUUUAGACAAAGGAUAAGAAGGUCAAGACGGUUGUGUUGUUAGAGGUGAAGAGAAAAUCAUAUUGCUUCAAUGAUCAAGAACGCCUACGCUAGCAACUAGAGGCGCGCUGCAGACGUUGUAAUGACUAUCCUGUAUCUUAUGUUCCCCAGUCUGGAUUUAGACUCGGCCACCCUCCAUAACUACUGUAUUCCGUCUAGUAGAUAGACGGAAAUCUGUGUUUCUGGU